UGGCGGACGGAGCGCUGCUAUUCACAGCAUGGCCGGCGACAUUAGCUAGCGGUCGCUCAAAGCAAUUCUCUGUCAAAAAAGGGAUUGGCCUUAAGUUUAAAAAAAACCAAGCAAAAGAGAAAUAAUCACUUAAAAUCGAACUCCCCAGUCCUGCACCACCAACUCCCCCCCAACCCCCACUGAAACAGAGCAAUUGAAACUAACUUAUUCUAAUUAAGCUUUUUAAAACAAGAGGAGAGAGGAAAAAAAGAGAAAAAAAAAUAUUCCCCCCCCAAAAAAAGUUUUUUUUUUGUUUCAUUUCGUGCGAUUUGUUUCACGAUGGAAAACGGUGCACACUUUUUCGAAGGGACCGAGAAGCUGCUGGAAGUGUGGUUUUCUCGGCAGGAUAAGUGCAAGGAAUCGGGAGACCUUCGGACCAUUCCAAGGAUAUCGACAUACCUGACGAGGCUGGCAUUUAUUGCCCAUCCCCAAUUGCCCUUCAGAAGGUGGUGGUGGGUCGCCGCCUUCAGCUGCUACAGUCCAUGAGAUAAAGGUUUGAGUGGGACAAGCUAUUGGAAAAUGUGCAUUGUUUGAUCAUAAGUGUGACAAAGACAGACAGGCAGGAUGCCUAUAUACUCAGUGAGAGUAGCAUGUUUGUCUCCAAGAGACGUUUCAUUUUGAAGACAUGUGGUGCCACCCUCUUACUGCAAGCACUGGAGCCGCUGUUGGACCUUGCUCGUGAGUACUGCGGCUUUGAUUCCAUUCAGGAUUUUUUCUAUUCCCGUAAAAACUUUGUGAAGCCAGCACAUCAGGAAUACCCACAUAGGAACUUUCAGGAGGAGGUGGAAUUUCUGGAUCUGGUUUUUCCAAAGAGCCACGAACUAAAAAAGACACACAGUGCUGGAGUAACUCAGCGGGUCAGGCAGCAUCUCUGGAGAACAUGGAUAGGUGACGUUUCGGAUGGGGCAGCCUAUUGUAUGGGACGUAUCAAUUCUGAUUGCUGGUAUCUUUACACUCUGGAUAUGUCGGAGGAUAGUGGGAUCAAACAGCCAGAUCAGACACUCGAGGUACUGAUGAGCCAGCUUGAUCCAGCUGUCAUGGACCAGUUCUUCAUGAAAGAUGGUGUUACUGUAAAUGAAGUCACUCGAAUGAGUGGAAUUCGUGACCUGAUACCAGGUUCAGUGAUUGAUGCCACAUUGUUCGAUCCUUGUGGCUAUUCAAUGAAUGGAAUGAAAGUGGAUGGAACUUACUGGACAAUUCACAUUACCCCAGAGCCAGACUUUUCCUACGUUAGUUUUGAGACUAACCUGGCCCAGACUUCGUAUGAUGAUCUGAUCAAUACAAUUGUCGAUGUUUUUAAGCCAGGGAAAUUUGUUACCACCCUUUUUGUUAAUCAGAACUCCAAAUGUCGUAGUUCGUUUUCUUCUGCCCAGGACAUUGAAGGAUUCAAGCGCCUCGAUCGCCAGUGUGCCCAGUUCAAUAAUUACAACUUUGUCUUUACUAGUUACGUCAAGAAGUGUCGACAGCAGAGUUGAAUAGUAAAAGUGAAAAAACGCGAGAAGAAAAUGUGCAAAGAAACUUGUGGCAGUUCACUAGUUGAGGGUAGCAAGGGCCAAACUUCACACUGCCACUGUUGUAUCCAUUUUGUAGGCCCUCUAUGUAAUCUUAGAAUUGUGUCAAGUUUGAAAUGUACGCGUUAUUGUAACAAAACGUUGGAUAUCUUGCAUGAAUGCUCCUUUCUCUGUUUAGAUAUGCUAGGCCAUUCUUGCUGUGGUAUUGAAGUGCAUGUAGAACAGUCCCGUGCUUAUUGUUUACAGUUAUAUAACAAUUGCAAAGUUAGAAAUGUGUGGUAUGUAGAUUUUCUACAGGUGACGCCAAAAAUCCUCCACAGACAAGGUUUUCGCCCUCAUUAGAAGUGAACCCUGGCAUGCUUUGAGCAGUUUUGGUUUCCUUUCAUUCCUAUUUUCUCCAAUAAAUUUCUAGCUAUCGAUCAAUUUUCCUUGCACAGUCCUAGCACUGGGAUAGCUUCAGUAGUCGGAUCGGGCUCAUUAUAUGUGGUAGAUUUUUUUUGUGAUGUGUGAUUGGAUGAUUUUAAUCUUUUUAUUUGGAUUUAAGAUGAAAAUUUGCUGCGCAGUUUUAAUUUAACGUGACUGAAAAGAUGUUGAACUUUCUAGCUUAAGCAUGCCAGGAAUCACCUCAAAAUAUGAUCUGUGGGUUCCCUAAUUAAACAGGCACUGUGUAAAUUGUAAUAUUCCACAUUUUUGUAAUCAUUUUUGAUUAAGCAGAAAAGACAAUUGAACAUUCGGAACAUAAUCCAAGGACACCUUGUCUUUUCUCUCCUUUAUCACUUGGUGAUACAAAUUUUUUUUUUUUUUUUUUACUUCAUUAGGAUUGUAUGAGGUAGUAUGGACACAUGUAGAGAAAGGAUGCCCAGGGAGGUAUGAUAAAAUUGAAAUAUUAGUUGCUUAUAAUCAAAAGAUGGUUUUUGGCUAAUUGCCACUGAUUUCCUGCUGUUUUGGGCUGACUUCUAGUAGUUUGAGGUUGUUUUUGAACUUCUCUAAGCAUACACGAUGUGGCAUUUGUCUCUUGAAUAUUUGAACAGUAACUUUGGUUAAUCUUGGUACGCUUUUUUCAAUCUUCUAAAAUGUGGUUGUUGGUUAAGUGCUGUGUUGCACGCACUUCACUGAGUGAGGUUUCAGUUUGAAAGCUAAACUUUGCCAUGGUUUGUUUUGGCAUUGAGAGAAACGAUCCAUAAAGGAUGGGUGAGCUUGCUGGUGGACCAAUCUUUAUUUUGUUAAAUUAAGACUUUAUUCAAUCUUUAACAAUUGUGAGCACAUCCUCGAGCCUUAAGUUACCAAACCAUUCAAUUCCAUUUAUGAGCUGCUGUCUAUGUUGCUUGAGUUGGCCAAACGGUGCACUCGUGUUGAAAUAUAUAAUUUUUAUAACAGUCGGCAGCCUCCACUGUGAACGAUGAGGAUAUUUGCUCAUUGGUACCUUUAAUUGUACCUAUUGAGGGGAGAUUUUGGCACCAAUUAAAAAAAAAUAAUUAAUGCCAAGUUGUUUAAAUAUUUAAAGUUCUGAAAUCUUUUAUCUGUACCACAAGAUGCGUCAAUAAAUUUUAAGAUUUAUGGUA